AUGUCGCGCCCUGCAACCCGUGCCAGCAAUGCAAACAAACACCCCGGAGAUAUUGUCCGCACUGCAAACCGGCAGCAGCGCUCAAAGGAGGAGAUCGCUGCUGAAAAAAAAAACAGAAACAAGAUAAACAAGCGGCCAAGAGCGCUGCAGCAGAACAAGCAUGCACCAAGACUGCCAUGCAGGAAGAUGCAAUGGCCAUUGAGCAACAAGCUCAGCUUACAGGCCCACCAAAACUCAUUAGACCAUGACCAAGGCCUCACAUUCCUGGAAAAAAAAGGCACAGAACCCCAGACUGAUCCAGGAGAUGCACAACCAAUCAAAGUUCCAAGCAACUGGGUGUCGAAGGUCAAACUGAGCAAACCAUCAGUGCCUACUGAUGUCCACACCACUGUCCCAGAUGACAUCAACAUUGAGUUGGACAACAACAUACCUGAGAAGUAUGAACCUCGUAGAGGAGGGGAUGGAAAAGCUGUCGACUCAGAAUUUGAGGAAGCAGCUGACCCUAAGGAUGAAGAGGCACUCGAAAUGCUUGAUGACCCCAACACUGCUGUGAAUGGUGAUGAUGGCGAGGACCAAAUCCAAGAUAGUGAUGUGGACAUGAAGGUUGCUGUUUGCUCAACGACAUCUAUGUCUGUAGACGUCUCCAACAAACAAACAGCUAUGAAGCGCAUCAAGACGGAGGGGGCUACUAGCAAGGCAGCAUCCAUCAACUUGAAAAAGGUAAAGCCCAGGAACACUCAUAUACCUGAUGACAUCGCCAAGAGCUGGAGAGCAACAUUCCUUCCUGUGCUCAUGUACUGGGUCGGAAAUUCUAGCUACAGCUGGUCCAUCCCAGAGGAAGACCUCUCCAAUGUGCUUUACGAAAUAUCUAACUGUAUUGGUGGUAAGAACCAGGGGGUACAUGACUUUGAAUACUUAACUCGCUGGUCCUACCAGGCUGUACAGAAGAUUCACGAGUGGAAGGCCUCAUUUGGCUCGACAGCAAUCACCAUUUUGAUGACCUUCUUUACUGCCACGAAUCCAGAGUAUGAAACACAAGCUGCACGCAAGUCCUUUGCCAAUGAUCAACUCGAGGAUUCAUGCUUCAUUUACAAGAAUCCCGAUAGGCAUGAGAAGGUUGACACCCUGGACAGUGGAAUGAUUGGUUUCGAGACUGCACUUGCAUUGAUGGCUGCAGCUGUUGAGCGUGCACUUUCCUUGGUGUAUAACAAUUAUUUGGUUCCAUGUGACCCCUCUGACUCCAACAAGAAAAACCACAAAAUCGAACUCACAUUCAAUGAGUCGACAAACAGGAUGAGUCAUACUGGAACUGCUUUCUCUGCUGCUAACUGGGAGACAGAAAUGAAGGCCUACAUGGAUAUGAUAAUGGAGCUGCCAGAGAGCCAAGUCAAGGAGAUCAUUAGUUGA